AUGCCUACACCCACUACUAUCCUCCUCCCUGAUGGUUACACGCUCAAUGUAACCCCAGUCUUUGGAGGAUUCUCCUUUAAGGCUGCUAAACUUAACUCGAGCGAAGGGAGCCUUUUACCGUCAGGAUGGUCAAUAGUGAUAAACUCACUGCGUGAGCCUAAGACCUCCAAAGCUGAGGCAAAUUCUGAUGACUAUUUCGACGAAACCCCCAAAAACGAAGACAAGAAUCCAUUCGAAUGGGAGUCAAACCGUUACACCCACCCAACCCUAGACAGCGACUAUUUCUUUAUAUCAUCAAUUCACUUUGCUUCAAGUAAAGCUGUUGUACCGAAAUCCAUCGCAACAUGUCAACUUGCACUAAUUCUUUGGUCAACCUUAUAUUGGUACUUUCACCAAGCGGCACCGAGUAGCCGUCUCACUACCAAAGAGUCAGCUGCAGUCCCAGAACGAGCUCGACCAAGGGGGGAAUGGGUGGUGCAUAUCAGGCAUGAGGGGCUUCUUAAGGGCCGGAACUUAUUGCUCAAACUGGAGAGGAUGGGCCUGGUCACAACAGAAGACUCAAUCGUUGGGCUUGAGGACCCAAAUGGUCCUCCAGAAAAGCUGGACAUGUUCGUCAGCCGCAGGAGCUUUUGGCAGAUUGAUCCUCAUAUAUUUCUGUUUUCUCUUACGCCUGAUAUGACUCCGAAGUCAGAAUCGCCAUCUCGUUCAGGGACUAGCUCACCGGCAGAGAGCUACAGCAGCGGAGGCCGAAGUAAUCGAAUGUCCGCUUCCCCUGCUCCUCUUGGGUCGUUUUAUUCCAGUGGCCAUGUACCAUCCUAUUUUCCUCCACCACCAACCCAAUGGGUCAUGCUUGAUGGGUGGCUUCGGCAUCCAAUCCGUCAAAAACCUCCUCGCCAGGGCGAAACAUUUUACAUCCGCCACAUCCCUAGUCUACAGAAAACACUAUCAUUCCGUGUUCCGAGCCUUUUUACACAUUCGCCGCCUGAUACGGAGGAGACUGCGUUAGGCCGAUACCAUAGGGCGUUGUGCAUCAACCACAAUAACAUGCUCGAAAGUAUCAAGCCCCUGGUGCUCAAACCUCGGGGAUCAGACCUUGAAUUUCUGCAUACGAUACUAAACACACCGAAAUCUAAGGAAAUAUGGGGUUCAGGUGGACCGGUUAAUACUCAAGAGGAGUUUAUCAAGGCUCGCCUUACCUCUAAGCACCUAUUUCCUGCACUAGGAUGUUGGAACGGCAAGCCGUUUGGAUAUUUUGAGAUAUUCUGGGUCAAAGAGGGGUCCGUCCAGCGACCGUUGCCUGUCCUUGUUGACGAUUUUGACCGUGGUAUUCGAUGUACAGUUUUGGAUGAGGAAGAUAGAAGGCCUCAUCAAACCCAAGUGUGGCUAAACGCACUUAUCCAUUACUGUUUGUUAGCAGACAACAGAACCCAAGCUAUUGCUGUCGGACCCAGAGUUGAUGACGAUGAGUAA